AUGAGCGCAGCGAGUGCCAAGAAGGGAUCCUCGACCGGGCAUGGCGUGGCCGAAGACGCCGUCCACGCCCAGAACUCGGUCGAGAGCCUGGUGGAGUACAUGGUGGCGCACUCGCGCGAUGCCUCGGUCCAGGGCGAGGUCUGCAAGAAGAUCGCCGCGUUGGCCACCACAGACGAGGGCGCGCUGCGGGUGGUGGAGGAGGGCUGCAUCGGCAACAUCAUUACGGCCAUGAGGAACCACUCGACCCACUCCCGCGUGCAGGAGUUGGCCUGCCUGGCGCUCAGGCGAAUCGCAGCUCACGCUUCGUACAGGAACAAGAUCGCGGACCUGAAGGGGGUUCUGUACAUCUGCUCGGCCAUGCAGAACCACUACAACAAGGCCUCGGUGCAAGAACAGGCCUGCGCAGCCCUGUGGAACCUGAGCAUCGGCAACAGUUACUGCCCCGUCCACCACCAGAAGAACAAGAGCCGCAUCCUGAGCGAGGGCGGGGUGGGAUGCAUCGUCGAGGCGAUGAAGAACCAUCCCUUCACGGCCCCGGUGCAGGAGUACGCGCUCGGCAUCCUAUGGAACCUGGCCUUGCACGAUAAGGGAAGGACGAAGAUCGGCAAGACGGGCGGAAUCACGUACGUGAUCGCUGCCAUGACAAACCACGCCAGGUCUGCACGCGUCCAGGAGCAGGCCUGCGCUGCCAUAUGGAAUCUCAGCGCGAGCGAGCUGAACCGGCAGAAGAUUGAUGUGCAGAGCGGCAUCCAAAAGAUAGUCGUGACCAUGCGGAAUCACGCGACCAACCCUAAGAUCCAAGCCCUGGCAUGCGGAGCUCUGCGCACACUAGCAGCCGACUGUCGGCUGCGCACCAGGAUCGGGGAGGAAGACGGCGUGGUAGCCAUUCUCACCGCAAUGCGUGGCCACGAGGAGAACCGGGCCGUCCAGGAGCGAGCCUGCACCGCCCUACAGCACCUGGUCGCAGAGGAUUCGACGCGAGUCCUGAUUCUGGAGGAGAACGGAAUCUUCGCGGUAAUCAGCGCCAUGAUCCAUCACCUGCUUCAUCCCGAGCUGCUCGACGACAUCCGCCACCGCCGCACCCGCAAGCCGAUGCUCUACGUCAACGUGCGCGAGCGCGGGCUCAUGCGCUCCAUUCCGCUGCAGAAGAAGGACCUCAAGUUCAAGGGCCGCAUGCUCUACACGGACCUGUGGGCCGCCAUCCGCCGCAGCGACCCGCAGCGGCUGCACCACGUCGAGCGCGCGCUGAUCCGCGACCGCUCGCAGCCGCGCGUCGAUCUCCUCCGCAGCCUGGCCGGCGUCGAGGCCCAGCGCAGCCGCGUGCUCGAGGAGGUGAAGUCCUCCCAGAGGCCCGGCCUGGUCCACACCGAGACCGACGACAAGACCAAGGUCCUCCUGGCCGAACAGAAGAGGAAGCUCGACAAGGGCAAGGAGAAGGAGAAGGACAACGGCGCCGGCGUCUUCCGAGCGCCGCUCGAGUUGCUCUCCCAGGGCACCAACUAUUAG